AUGAGCAGCAGCCGUGUACUGAUCGUGGGUGGCUCUGGCCACAUGGGUCGAAGGAUGGUGCGAGCGAGCCUUGCACUUGGCCAUCCCACAUAUGUGCUAUUUCGAGACGAGAACAUCAAUGACAUGGAAAAGGUGGAGCUGCUCCUGGAUUUGAAACAAGAGGGUGCACACCUUGUGUCCGGCUCAUUCGAUGACCGUGAUAGCCUUGUGCGAGCCGUUAAGGAUGUGGAUGUGGUGAUCUCGACCGUUGCAGGAAACCAUAUCCAAGAUGCCAUUCUGGAGCAGCUGAAGCUCGUAGACAUCCUCAAAGAAAUGGGCCAUAUCAAGUACAAACAUGCAUCUCUUUUAUUCUCCCAUCAUGCUGAAAACACUUGCCCCAAUGAGGAGAAACAAUCAAGCCAGAAACUAUAG